AUGUCUGCACCAUCUUCCACUCCGGCCGGACCGCCCACUCCGUCAAGCCCACCAGCUACUGAUCACAACAACAAUCCUACCAAUUCACCAUUACUUUUCUUCGUCGCUUUAGGUUUUGGUGUGGUAUUCACCAAUUUAUGGAUCAUCGUUGGUGUCAAAUACUGCUUUCGAUAUAACCAACGGAACAGACAACUACGAAAUGGCGAAGAAGGGGAACCGAUUGAAAUUGGCGCAGUACCGAGAGCGCACCGUCGGAGAAGGGAAAAGAAGUUGAUGACAAUCGAUGAAGUCAAUGAACGAUUCCCUCUCACCAAAUACAAACAAUGGAGGUCAACGCGUGCCGAAGAGGGCUUACCAACAGCUGGUGGGAUUAUUGCACCCUCAAGCCGAGCUACUAGUAUGAAGAACGAGGAGGGUGUUGUACUACCUGUACAGCCACUUUCGAAUUCCGAGGCAGAUGCGGAGGCUUCAAAAGAUGUCGCCGCCUCACCUUCAUCACCCACUUUCCCAUUGAGCAACCAAACAGCAGAAAAGGACUUUGCCGCACAACCAGCACCAGCACAACAGUCAAACACGGUGGCAACUACCAAAGAUCAGAAAUCAGUUACAGAGCCUCACAAGCACUCUAUAGCAGAUGAUGAAGAUGAUGACGACGUCGAUCAAAUCCAGCCCACCGUUCCGGCUGAGCUGCUUCCCAACCCCGGCGAUACUUGUGCCAUCUGUCUCGACACAAUUGAAGACGACGAUGAUGUACGAGGUUUAAGCUGCGGACACGCCUUCCAUGCUUCCUGUGUAGAUCCAUGGCUUACCUCCCGUCGAGCCUGUUGCCCACUCUGCAAAGCUGAUUAUUAUGUCCCCAAGCCUCGCAAUGAAGCCUCCGAAAAUGACGAAGCAAGUAGAACGAGAGCAAGAGCCAAUAUGCCGGCCAGUCCACCUUUUACAUUCUUGGGAGGACCGGCAAGCAGGAUGUUGCCAUUCGUUGGGAACGAACCAUCCAGCGAAAGAACAGCUAGUCUAGGUGGAAGGACACGCAUGGUUCUACCUGGCAGAUUCAUGACGAUCGUUUAUGCCGAUAAUGCUGACAGGCGUGGAUAUGGAUUUCCGCAGGUAGUCAGGGAACCAAGACCAGAAGGCGAAAGCACUGGUAGGAGAUGGCCAAGGAACAGGAGUAGGAGUGUACCCAACAUUGUUCAGGCGGGAAAUGCCAAUAACGGCACCAACGCGACAGGAGAGGGAGACGAGCAGCAGACUCAAAGAAGGGGAUCCUCGUGGAGGGAAAGAUUGAGGAGUAUACCCAGUCUGCCGACUAUACCCGUGCUAGGCGGUCGAUCGAGGUCCGCCAUGCUAGGCACACCUGGGGAGUCACAACCACAGCAACAGCAACAGCCGCAGCAGGAUGUUAGUCCUGGGCAAUUGGAAGCAGGCACCACGCCAGCGCAUGACAGCACUACGAGGCCAACACCUGCUUAG